AUGCAGCAGCGAAAAUCGCAUAAGAAAUCCCGCAAGGGCUGUCAAAACUGCAAGAAGCGGCAUGUCAAAUGCGACGAGCAAGGGCCUCCAUGCGCUGCAUGUAUCGCCCGCAACACUGAGAGCACUUGCAAUUACGAAAAGUCGCAAUUACCCCAGGACACACGAGAUGGACCUGGCGUAUCUAGCAAAAGCGAUACGCGCCGACUGGCCGAGCUAGAACUGAUGCAUCGUUGGUCGACAAGCACUUUCAAAUGUCUGUGCAUACUGCCCGAAGAUGUCCAGUACCUUCAAAUCGCGGUCCCCCGUGCAGCUUUCAAGCACGACUAUCUCCUGAAUGGUAUCAUGGCCCUAGCUGCAUUGGAGAUAGCGAUAGGCGACGACGCUAUCGACCAAGCAAAGAAACGGGCAUACCUUGAUCACGCAUCAAGAUACUAUGCCCUGGCCAGCCAGUCUCUCCGUGUAGCGCUCUGCAAUAUCACCAAAGAAACGCACCAUUCGAUUUACCAAUGCUCGAUGAUGCUGACGGUCAUCAACAUGGCCAUCCCGCUGUCCAAGCACGUCGAAGACGAUGAAUUUGAUGAGAAACGGCUUGGCAUGCUGGAUCGUAUGGUUUUGCUCUUCAAUCUCUUCCUUGGUAAUGGUUCCAUCGUCCUUGUAAAUUUUGAGUGGCUUCUCAAUAGCCCGGCCGAACCUUCGCUCCGCGCGGGCAUUGCAUUGAGGCAGAAGAUGCGACCAGAGAACCUGGAUGCCUUAACGACAGCUGCGUUGGCGCGGCUUUCAUCUGUCAUCGACGCAGCACUCGCUUGUGGUGACUCUAUGGCGAUCGAUGAGUCCCUACACCCGUAUCAAGGAGCCGUAAAGCAGCUAGGAGAGUGUUUUAUGCUGGAUUCAGACGACUCGAUCAAGGGCUUCUGUAUCUCGUUCCCCAUGUUCGCUGGUCCAGAAUUUGCCCUCUCUUUCAGGCGGAUGGAACCUUUAGCACUUUUCAUCGCCAUGCAUUGGGCUGUUCUCCUACAACGCCUCCCCGCGGAAGCUUGGUGGGCUGUAGGGGUUGGGAAGCAGCUAGUGCUAGAAAUUUCGGAGAUGCUAUUAUCGGAAACGCAGCUUACCACGAUGGUGGAGUGGCACCAAAACAUUGCAUGGGCACGAGAACAGGUGGGACUGAACCCCAGCGACGAUACACAAAAGCCACAACCAGCCGCUCGAAUCCAAAAAAAUGGUUCGUUCUGA